CGAAAACAUGGCGGACGAGAGUGACAGAAAUGUCCUGUAGCGGACCACAAGAACGUAUUAGAUAUUUUCGUUAUGGCUCAAAUGAGAAACUCUGGCCCUGGUGCUCUUCUGAAAUCGAAGUUAGUUCUUCUGUAGUGUCAAGGAGCUAGUGUACCAGAAACUUAUAAUUUUGUUUAAAAGGCAGCAGAAUAUUUAAUCAUCUAGCACGUGUUGUUAUGGCCGUUUGUUAUACUGCAGAGUACUUAGAGGUUCUCUUUCGGCCUUAGCGACUAACACAUCAAUUAAUUUUUGUAGUUAUGAGGUUUCCUCGAAGAUUGAUGCAUUCUACACUGGAGGCAAAGUACAGGUAAACUUUCGCUGGCAUGUCUGCCUAAGAUCGAGGUUUAUGGGUUAUUUUACUUACUGCAGCUGUGAACUAAUAGUAUCAUACUCAAUACCAUAUAUUCUGUGAACGUACAUGCAUUUGCCUCGGUCUCUCUCAUAAUAAGCUUAAGGAUUUGAUCUUGAUUUUCCUAGUUCUCAUCCAAGGAAGACCACUUAUUCUGUACGUGCAAUGACAAGGUUCAAGUUGUUCACGUUGAAACUGGCAAGGUUGUUCAUACACUGCAAGAGGUAACCAGAAAAAUUAAGAAAUUUAUCUCUGGUUUGAGGUUUUAAAAUGAUUUUUGAUGAUAUCAGUGAUUAUUCAAAGCUACAUAUAUACAAUUAAGACUCAAACAGCUUACAAGUUAAAGCGACCUCCUUCUACUCUAGGAAGGUGAUGUUAUAAGCUGCUUUGCUGCAAGUCCUGAUGACAAGGUAUUUUCAAUUUGAUAAAUGUAACUCCCCAAAGGUGGCCAGUGGAGAGAAGCUCUCUUUUGUAAUUGUCACUUUUUAAUAUUUUCCAGUUCUGUGUAACAGCAAGUAAAAGUUUGCUUUUGAGACAAUGGGAAUGGAACACUGGUGAGCAGAUACGAACUUGGAAAGUAAGUAUGUUACAGUUUGUUUGAAGCUCAUAUGUUGUUGAUCCACAUUUGUGAGAUACUCUGUCAGAUUUUGUAUGAAUGAAAUCCAGGAUUUGGUCAAAACCUAGACAAAAAUUGCAUAACAUGAAGCUUGAAAAUUUUGAAGCAGUUUUGAAUUUGUUUUAAAAUCUAUUAAAAACAUCCUUGUUGUGUAUUUAUAAACUGUAUCUUGUAGGCUGUUCAUAGAGCCCCUAUUGUUUCAAUGACUUUUGACACCACAUCAACACUUUUGGCAACUGGUAAGUAAAUGUUAAACUUGUCUUUGAAGAAAAGAUACAUUGCCUCUCAAAAAUAAGUUGAUAGUCCCUUGAAACUCAAUCCUCAAUCCAUAAUUUUCAAAAACUUUGAGGAAUUGAAGCUUAAGUUGAGUUUAAAAAGACUUUUAAAUCAAGUGAGAGAACUAUGUCAAAUCCAUGAAACAGGGGAUGAAGAUCCUUGAAAAGCUUUUCGAUUCUUGUUAGUUUUGAGGACAGAAUUUUGAGUUGAGACUGUCAACUUACUUUUAGUUGUAUUGUGAAUAUAGAAUGUAGAUAAUUAUAAAACUAUUUGCGAGAUUUACUGACUAAAUACUUAUUCAAAAAAUUAACAUUUGUUCAACUCUAUUUGGUCAAUUUAUACAGGUCUCUUUUUAACCCCCUAACUCCCAAGAUCUCAUUAGUAAUUCUCCUAACUGUCUGCCAUACCGUUCUAGUGAUGUUAGUUUGGAGAAUUUGGUAUUGGAUCAAUUUAUAAUCUCCUAACUGAUAUUUUUCUUAAUUCUCAUCACUUGUCUGCUUGAUAUUGUAUUGAUAUUGUAAGGAGAAAUUCUGUCUUGGUCACUCAUGGGAGCUAAAGGGUUAAAUAGAAUUAUUCAUGAUAAAUAUUAUAAUUAAAUUAAAUUGAAUUCAUUGAUUUACAGUGUAAUCCUUUAUUCUGUAGGUUCAAGUGACAGUACAGUGAAAGUCUGGGAUAUUAUUAAACAAUACUACACACACAAUUUUAAAGGAUCACAAGGAGUGGUAAAGUGAGUUCAUUUUAUAGUACAAGGGUGUAGCCAGGGGGGAAGGGGUUGUGGGGUGCCCAUGACCCCCUCUUUGUAAGCCUUUUUUAAGUAAACAGCCCUUAAUAUUCAAGUGGUGAAAACUGUUGAGAACCCUUUGUUAGACACAGUGUGACCCCUUUUGAAAAAUCCCGGCUAUGCCCUUUUGUAAGAGUAUAGAGUGUGCUGUAUUAAACAACAAACACUGUAUCCUUAAUUAGCUUGCAAAACAAACUUGAGGUUAUACCAUUUAUCACAUUUUUUUUCUUUUUAUUACAGUUUAGUUUCAUUUCAUCCCAAUACAAAUGUUCUUCAGCUCUUCUCUGCAUCAGAUGACUGCAAGAUACGAGUAUGGGAUUUGAAGAAAAGCAGGUAUUGACUCAUAGGUCAAUAAGAUUAACCUCUGGAUGUGAUUAUAAAAUCCCUCUUCUAGCUGCUUCAGAUUUUCUUGAAAAUUAGUUAUAAAAAGAGAAUUUGGCAUUAAAAAAGGAGAACUAAAUCAGAUGAAUUUUUAGAUGUCUUGUUACAGGUGUACAUUUAAUUUGAUAGCAAAUAAAACCUGGAGAAGUGGACAAGAAGAAAGUCAUAUAGGAACACCUGACUCAAUACACGUGCUUGUACUUGAAAUCCAAAAUGGCAGUUAUCAAUUAUUGUCAUAUGGAAAAUUAUGUUUGCUAGGCAAAAUGAUACUUGCACUGUAACUUCUUGAUAAAAUUACAGUGUAGACGUACUGUGGUAAUAGGCCUAUAUUCUCCACACUGUUCUCUUUACAUUUCCUUACUGACUGAGAAUUUGUCAACAAUCAGGAGCUUCUAAAAUUUGUGAUCAUUUCCUACAUUUUCAUGAGCUUUAUAUUUGGAGAAUUUUAUUUAGAAGCCAUUCAAUUUAAGAGUCUUAAUCACAGUUACUGCUAAUAUACAUGCUGUCUAGUGAAUUUUUUACAAUCUCGAGAACAUUGUGACCUGUUUUUCAGAUGUGUUGCUGUUUUGGAGAGCCACUUCAGUGUUGUAACUUCUCUUGCAUUCUCUCAAUCCGGAGAGACAAUGAUAAGGUUAGGUGUACUAUACUGUAUGGGAUUUUAUACUUUUAGUUGGUUAUGUGAACUGAAGUUAGACAUUGCACAGCCCCUUUGAGGUAGAGAAAGGAAUCCAUCAGUUAUACAACAUUCAUUUGUAAAACAGCUGUUUCGAGAAAAGUUGUCAGAAAAAAGGACAAAAGUCCAUGCAACAAUCUCAAAAGAUAAUCUGGAUAUCUGGUAACCAAUGAGGUUUAAUAAGUCAAAUGAUAUUUAAAUAGAUUUAUCAAACCUGUUAUGGCUCAUCCUUCUGGUGACAUUUUUUUCACAUUUCCCUGAAAUCCUGAGGUUGAGGAAUUGUAACAUGUAAACUGCCCACAAUAACUUUCUUUAAACAGCUGUAUGGACAUGCUUGUACAUUGGAAUUAACUAGGUUUUUUGUUCAGCAUUGCUUUUGAUUGAUCACUCAUAAAGAAAACUAAUUCUGUAAUGCUUGUACAAUUCAUCUUUUCCUUCCUCUACAGUUCAAGUAGAGACAAUGUGCUAAAUAUGUGGGAUGUUUCUGACAAAAAAUUGCUGAAGACAAUUCCAGCUUUUGAGGUAUGAAAUUACUAUUCCAUGGUGUAGGUAUCAUCUAACGCAACUUUCCUUAAGUCUGUUUGACAGUUCGUCCUUUUGUCUGGUAUGCUUUGACAAAUGGCUAAUGCUUGAAAUUUUUUCAGCUCAAAAUCUUUUAAUAAUGUGGUCAAUUUACUUUAUUAACAAAGGGGAUAGAACAAAAUUGUAUUGUAAUAACCCCACAACUAUAGCACCACAGUCUCUUUGGAAUUCUACUCCUCUACCUACAUUUAUUUGUCUAUCUGUCUGUCUGUUUGUUUGUCUAAAGGGUGGAAGUUUCUAAUAAAAGAAACUGUGGUACCCCAUCUGUAGGAGAGUAUAACAGGGUAAUUUGCUAUUAUCAACUGAGUUGAUGACAUAAAUUGGCCACUGGAAAAAGUUUAAAAGCUGUUGUUUUGAGCAUUAGUUCUUUGUCAUUCACUCUGACCAAGCACUAAUGCUUGAAAUGUCAGCUUUUGAAGCUCUUAAUGGUGGCUAAUUUAAGUUAUCAACUCAGUUGAUAAUGCUAAAUUACCCUGUUUGUUUGCCUGUCAUUCUGUUGGUCAGUCAGUCUGCAUGUCAUUCCCCCGUGAUGAGAACAAAGAAUAUUUUUGGUAAAGGUAUGAUAACCAGUAGUUACCAAUACUGUAUUUUAUCUUGUUAGGGUGUAGAGUCAGUAAUCACUCUGCCUAAAGGUAGCAAUUGUCCUGGAUGCAAAAAUAAUGAGAAAGAAUAUUUCAUGACUGCUGGCAGUAAAGGUAUGACCCUUGAUUAAAUAUAAUCAUGUUUACUUAAUAAUGUUCUCUUUAAUCAUUUUCCUUAACCCCUUAACUCCCAGAAGUGAUUAACAUGUAACUUCUCCCUAUAAUAUCCAUACAUUGUCCAGCAAACAGGUAAUGAGAAUACUCAAAGUUAUCAGGUAGAAGUUGUUAUUUUGAUCUUUCACUAAAUUGCAAGUUGUAACUUAUUUAAAAGAAAAUUUGUAGCUGCUAGAGGGAAGAAUUAACAAUUUGAUCUUGGUAAUAAAAGGGUUAAUAUUACAUGUUGGUCAAAACUUUUUUGUGAAAUUCACCAAAGCAAACAGUGCCAAAGCAGAAAGCAUAAAGUGUUGUUAACCUUUCCCCUCUUUCUUUGCAGGUCAGCUAAGGGUUUGGAGUUUUCGAGAUGGUAAAUGUGUUUUUACUGAGACUGUUCUCAGUGCUAGAAGGAGUAAUAAGAACGAAAACAAUAAUGAUGAAGAUGGCAAUCAACAGAUUGUUCAUGCCACCUUAUGCAAGAACCUGGAUCAAGUUGCAGUGGUCACAUUUGACCACAACAUUGUGUUUCAUGAGCUGGAAUCACUGAAGAGAACUAAACAGGUAUGUACUGUGUAAAUUAUUGGGUAUGUUGUAUUGUUAGGGUAAGUCAUUGUGUUAUUCAUCACUUCUAUUGCAUUUUCAAGAAACAAUCCCUUCUUCAAAAUUAUUGGUAAAAAUCCGUUGAAAAUUUAACACUAGUAUUGAAACUUGAAACUUGAAAAUCAAACCUAUUCCUUGAGUUUCCAUUCGAGAUUGUCAUCUGACAGUACCUGCCUGUACACUGUAUGCACUGAAGCCAGAUGCGGGCCUCACACUUACAUAUAUUGUCUUGUAGUUUGUAGGAUACAAUGAUGAGAUCUUGGACUUGAGUUUUGUUGGUGACAAAGAGAGUCAUCUUUCUGUGGCAACUAACAGUAGUCAGUUGCGGAUAUAUGAGUUGGCCUCUAUGAACUGCCAGCUAUUGGAGGGACACACCGAUAUUGUCUUAGCUCUGGAGAUAAACAGUGCAGGUGAUAUGCUGGUCACUGGAUCAAAGGUAAGGUACUGUUAGUACACGUAGAAAUUUAAGGGAAACUAAAACAGGGGUGGAAAAUAAAAGCUACUCAAUAUUCAUCCUUUCAGCAAAUUUAUACUAACACCAAAGCAAGCAUGGUUUAUUUUCUAGUUAUAAAAGUUUUUCCUCUGUAGUUAGCCACGCCUUGUUUCAGGCAUGAAAAAGUAAUUUUGAAUUUCAAACAGAACACUCAAUUUGUGUGGUAAAUGGUAUGUGGGGCAUCCUUAGUGACACAAGCAUCUGACGAUUUACAAUAGAUACAAAGAAUUUGGAUUGCCAUUCCUUUUGUCGUUUGGGUUAUUCUGACAUCCAUGUAUAAUUUCAGUUAUUACGAGUAUAAUUGGUUUGGUGGCACAGCAUAGCGUUUUCCUACGUAUCAGACAGUUUACCCGGCUGUUGUGAUUUUCUUGAUUUUAGUUUUUUGACGCUUAAUCGAAGUUUGCUCCAUGAUAUUACUGAUUUUUUUCGUAUUUAAUAUCUAAUUUGUGAUUGUUUAUUUUUCUGUAGGACAAUACAGUGCGUGUCUGGCAGAUGAACAAACAAUGUGAAUUCCGUUGUGUAGGCACAGGGUUGGGACAUACUCAUGCUGUCCACACUGUCGCAUGGUCCAGGUAAAUUAUGAAGCGUAUGCGUCAACAGCCAAAAAGCUUGUUAGCCAGCUAGUCCGUCGGUCCGUUGGUCUGUCGAUCCGUCGGUCGGUACGGCGUCCGUUCGUCCGUCGGCUAAGUGAAGUUGAUCAAACAGGAAAUUCAUAGAGCCAGUUGAUCAGUGUAGAUCAGCUAAACCCUGCCGAUAGCUCUUCGUGGUUUGCUAAAUAUUUUCAAAACUUCUUUUGCCAGGCUUGACAAGUCUUUUGUAGCAAGUGGGAGUCAGGAUAACACCGUCAAGAUAUGGAAAAUACCACCAAAAAUAGAUGAUGUGUGUAAUAAAUAUUUUUUGCUCUGAAGAAGUUCUGUUCUUUAUUAUCCAUUUCCUUGUCUUCAGUACUUUACUCUAACAUGAACGUUUCUUGUUCACAUGUUUGCUAAACAUUUCCAAGGUUAUAUUUGCCUCUCUUUUUCUUUGCAGCUGGAUUCACCGAUCAAGUUGUCAGUCAAGCUAACCGAGAAAGCACAUGAUAAGGUAUGUACACUAUAUUUGAAUAAAUGAGUAUAGUAUGGUAAACAUUUGACAUGUCGAAGGGGAUGGAAAUUAAGAAUUCCCGAUGAGGACUUUAACUGACUUCGGGUGGUGCUUAAGUUACCGUGGGAUACUUGCUUAGCGAGCUGCAGAAAACUUGUCGGGUAGCUACUGCGUACAGCUUAGAUCGACGAUACAGAAAACGUGCGGAUCAAUGAGCAACUGCGAACGAACCCUUCCCCUGACCCAACAUUAACCCCAACUUGUUACUAGUUGACUGUUGUUGGGUAAGAUGGUGGAGGGGAUGGUGCGUAGUUGUUCAGAUGCUGACAUUGAUUCGAGCGUGCUUCGUGAAGUGAGAGAGUGAAAAGGAAUUGUCAUUAUUGAACGUAGUCGUAAAAAAAAAAGGAGAGGUGUUCUUUCUUAUUAUUUCCUCGCUGGUCUGAGAUUGACAUAAAUAACUUUAAUAACAAGUUUAGGAUAAUUUUUUUGACUCAUUUGACGUAUUGUUGUUCUUGUUGUGUAUAAAAGGAUUUACUUCGAUCUGGAGAUAACGUCAAAAACUUUUGCCAAUAAAGGGUAAUUAAUUAUGUUGAAUGUCUUGCUGUGUCUUGUGUACUAAGUUUUGUUCACCUUUUACUGCAGGGCAUUAACUCUGUCACAAUUUCACCCAAUGAUAAGCUGAUGGCGACUGGUUCACAAGAUAAAACAGCAAAGGUACGGAAUGAACCAAGAUUUUUGAAAAGUGGGCUUAAAGAACAAUCCAUUGAACUGUAAAGAAAACGAACUAGAAAUUAUAGGAUACGAAACGUAACGCGAGUCAGCGUAACGUAACAAAAGAUUGUGUAACGUGAAGUGCGUGGCUAAACAUAACGUGAUAACAUGAACGUGAUGAACAUUAUGUUAUGUUAUGUUGUGUCGAAACGAAGCUUAUUACAGUACCGUACGUGAGAUUUCACAAAGAAAAGUAAUUUGAAGCAUUAUGUAAGUUAACGUAACGUUUCGUAACGUAACAUAACGGAACAGAAGCUAACGUAACGAAACAUAACCUAACGUUAUAUAAAUCGAUUAUAAAAUAUCAAAACACGAUGUAUCAUAUUGUAACGUAACGUAUCGUACUGUUGUGUAGCAUGAUGGGUUUUUACUUGAAGUUUGGUGCUUGUUUUGUAGAUCUGGAUGAUAUCCAAUGGUUCACUUCUGGGCACUUUACGCGGCCAUAAGAAAGGAAUCUGGUGCGUAAGAUUUUCGCCUGUGGACCAGUGCUUGGCGACUUCAUCUGCAGAUUCAACCAUCAAGAUCUGGGCCCUGUCUGACUUCACAUGUGUUAAGACACUAGAGGGACAUACCAGCUCGGUUUUAAAGAUCUGUUUCUUGACCAGAGGAAUGCAGCUUGUCUCGAGGUGAAUUUUGUUCUUUUGUCUAUACGUCUGUCUGUGUUUCUCCGUUAAUUUGUUGAAUCGCUUAGAAGUUCAUUUGUCGCGUAGAGGUGCGUUUUCGCUUUACUUCCUCUGGGCCUUUACACAGGGGCUUUAAUACAUUUUUCUAUAGGCGGCUGCCGUUUGUGUAAAAGGUGGCUGUCGUUAACCCUUUACACCCUAGAAUCAGAAUGCAUAUUCUCCAUACUGCUCUUUAUACAUUUUCUAAGGUGCUGCAAGGAGAAUUUGUCUUCCAACCAAAAGUUUCUUUCGUUGGUGAUCAUUUCCUUUAUUCUCAUGACCUUAACGUGUGAUUCAGGGGUGAUAUUAUUGGGAGAAAUUUGAUGCUAGUCACUCUCAGGGGCUAAGGGGUUAAUUGGCGUUUAUUGAAACCUCUGCUCUACAUGACCGUGUUUUCGCUUUUUCCACAUGCUUCCUCUAAUUUUCAGUGGCUCUGAGGGUCUUCUCAAACUGUGGACCAUAAAAACAAACGAGUGCGUCAAGACGUUUGAUCAACAUCUGGACAAGGUGGGCCCCUUUCGUUUUAGUAUGUGUUGUUUACACGCUUCUCGAAUCUGACUUUUCUCAAGCUAUUGUGCUGAUGGAAAAAGAAACAAACAGUCCAAAACGAAACACUGUUUUCUCCCUAGGUGUGGAGUAUAGCUGUGAAUAAAAACCAAGAUCAACUUAUUUCAGGAGGCGCAGACUCAGUGAUUAAUAUUUGGAAGGUUUGUGUCAUGAUCCUCUUCCGCAAUAAAGUUGUUCCAUGUGUUAAGUGAAGCUCUUUCCUCCUGAAAAGUGAGAACACAACGGAACAUUCGGAACAUUGAUUUCUCAUUUUAGCGAAUUGUUUUCCGAUUAGGAUGUCACAGAGAUCGAACAAGAGCAAGCGCAAGCUGUCAUCGAAGAUAAUAUUUUAAAGUGAGUUACUUUAAAUAAGAUGAUUGAUUUGAAAAUUGUAGCACAAUUUUUACUACUGUCUUAGAAAACUACCAUUGGCGACCUGCAUGAAAAGCCUUUUUUUUUAUCCAUACCACGUUCCGUAAAAUGAGCCAUCAUCUUAAGAAUACCGUCCAACAGAAGAAGCGCUGACAACUUUAUGAUGGUAUUUCCCUUUCUUCCUAAAUUUUAAAUUUAUCUCAAAAAAUAUAUUUCGUGAACUGAUUAACGUGCGUACGAGUUUGCAAUUGAGCCACUGCCAACCAUUCAACUGCCAUUGUGGUGUUGUACUAAGUUUAAGUAUACUGCUAGGAUAACUCAUCAUCUGUACUGUCAGUCUCGUCUAAAUAUUAUUUACCCUUUUUAUUUUUUUCGAACAGACAACAGGAACUGUCAAACUUAAUAGCUGACAAGAACUAUCUCCAAGCAAUUAGUCUAGCCAUCACAUUGGAGCAGCCUUUUAGAGUUAUGAACAUCGUUAAAGGUACAGUACCUUACAUGCAUCUUAUCCUGUGAAGCGUUGGGUUUUUCCUGAUGUACUUUUUAUGCAGGAGAGCCUCGUCUAUUAAAGUAUUUUUCUUUUUGUUCACAAUGCAGAUAUCCUUCUUACUGAAAAUGGAACAGAAGAGUUGACAAAAGCAAUCAAAUCAUUCAGGGAAGAUCAACUCGGUAAGAAGUGUAUCAACCAGGCGCUCAGUCGCCUUGAACAGUCUUAAGGUGUUUGUUUGCAAAUAUUCCACCAGGUGGAGUCUAAGAAGCUAUGCUGACCACAACUGGUCAUUAGGUUUAACCUCGAUGAACUUUAUCUCUCGAUUUAUUGCUUUUGUUUCAGAUGCUAUGUUGAGGUUUAUUGUGGAGUGGAACACUAACUCGAAGAACUGCCAUGUCGCUCAAGCUGGUAAAGUUAAACCUUCUCACUCACUAUUGGGAUAAUUAUUAAUUAAUUAUUAUUAAUAAUUAUUAAUUAAUAAUUAAUUAAUUAAUAAUUAUUAAUUAACAUCUAACUUCUCCUCCUAGUAUCAUUUUAUUACUCACUUAAAAACUGAUAAGAAUCAACGAAUUUAUCAGUGUCGUCGAUAAAACCCCAGAGUGAAACCAAUCAAAUGAAAGCUACUCUGUAAUACUUCCUUAUGGUGCUGCUUUUAAUGGGCCACUAGUUUAUUAAUUUUAACUUGUGUGUGUCACCCUCUUUAAAUAUAGACAUUAUUUACUCACUUUCCUGGUUUACAAGGAGGCUGUAACUUUAACAUCUGCAGAUAAAAGCUUAGUGUGUGCCAUUUGAAUGGGGGCUACUGAGGAGUACCAGACAACGAGCAGUCCCUCUUUUUUGGCGAGGUCCAUCGUGCAGUCGGGAAAAAAUUAGGUUAGCGUGCAGUGCGGAACUCAGGGAUUGAGGCACGGUGCACUUGCAUCAAUUUUUUCUCUCACCCGUUUUUUUUUUUACGCGCGCGAAGGACGUCAAAUAAGAGGGACUGCUUGCAGUUUAGAGCAUUGCUUUCAUCUUCUGCCAUGCGAGGUUUUCAACCUUUUCAGUUUCUUUGUAGAUGAAACCCUGGUGUUCGACUGUUUACUUCAUAGUUGCCGAGUCACUUUCUACAACGCGUUUUGGCGUUUUAUUUUUUUUCAGUGCUUUCUAUUAUCUUAAGGAACAAUUCUCCUUACAAUCUGAUGAAGAAGAAAAACAUCAAAGACACAAUGGAAGCCCUUCUUUCCUACAGUGGUCAGUUAAUGUGGUAUCUGAUUUUUGAUUUUAGAGGUUUCCUAUUAUCUUGUGAUAUUUCUGAAGAGCUUAGAGGAAUUUCAGUCAGAGAAAGAAAAAUCACCACCCCCUCUCCUCUCCCUCUGCUUACCUCCACCACAGCCCCUCCCCCCUCCCAUUCAGAGCAUUCUUCUGUAAUCGUUAUCGUCAAUAUAACAAGAAAUGUAUGUCUGAAAUUUGAAUCUCUUGCAGAAAAACAUUUCCAACGGAUGGAUCGACUCCUACAGGUUUGUCUUUUUCAACUGAUACUCUCUAUUCCUUUCGGCGGACUUCUCUGACACUUAAGAUGUGUAAUAGAGUAAAACGCUUUCACUAUUGUCUCCUGUUAUUAUGAUUAGAACACGUUACCCCUUUAACCUCUAAGAGUGACUAGUAUCUAAUUUUUCCUUAUCACCCCUGAAUCAAACAUUGAGGUUACACGAAUAAAGCAAAUGAUCACCAACUAAAAAACCUCUUGAUUGUUAAACAAAUUCUCCUCGUCAGCACCCUGGGAAAUUUAUAGAAAACCGUAUGAAUAAUUUGCAUAUUGAUUUCAGAGUGUAAAGGGUUAACGCCAGGGAACGGCCUUUAAAAUUUAACGUUGUUACGGCCUAGCUUACCAUCGAGUUCAUCGAGUUCACCAUAGCUCACUGGUAGAGAAUUAAAGCGCGAAAUUCAUAGGUCCAAGGUUUGAUUCCUCAUGGGUACUCGCAAUUUUUUUUCCUCAUGCCCCAUUUCUUUGUCAUGCUACAGACGAAACGAUUAACAUAUUGACUUAUGAAUUGAACCUAUGCGGUGUCAAUUUCAACUGUUUCUGCAGUAAUGUGAAAAUGUUUUCAUUUAUUGUGAAUAGGAGAUGGUGUUCCAUAUUUGUGUCCUCUUUUUUCAAAGUGAGGGAAAUUAUAGCGAAAGUUUCUGUUCCCAUUGGUCAUAAGUGCGGUUGUAAAGCUGUCUAAUUUAUGUACUUGAUUAUUCGACAGCAAAUGGAGUUUAUUGAAUACACUUGGCAAUCCAUGAAGCUGUCUGGUCCCCUCAUGUUGACCACACCCAGGUGAAGACAUUUUGACGUUUCUUAUGACUAAUUGUUGAAAAUUCAAAGUUCAAUUCCAUUGAUCAUAUUCCUCGAACGUUUUCCCCUGUUUAAACCCUUCAAUUCCCACUUUAUGAUCCGCAAUACCUUGUGGUUUUGUUUCGUCUUUUUUUUUUGAAAAAGGAAAAAUUAUAUACUUUAACCCUUCAAGAUCUUUCUCGAAGCUCCAAAGUGUAUGAGUGAGUGUAAGUUUUGUGUACAUGUGGGCUAGGCGGAAAGCGUGUAACAACACUACGUGGACAGGAUAGCGUUUUUCACCCGCUUUUUCAAAUGCCUUUUUACAUGACGUUUGCAUGGCAAAUUUCAGAUGUGUGUGAAAUUUUCGCGUAAAAUGAGACUGAAAAACGAGACGACUGCGCCAAGGUUUUACUACGACGAGUGCCGCACUGCAUGCAGUUAUGCGUGAAGUUUUGAUUCUAAUGAAACUACAGCUUUAGUUUUUUAAAACUUAUUUUUUAGAUGCCGCCCUUCCGAAACAUCCAAUUUUGAAGAUUCAAAAGAUUGAGAAACUUUCACAACUUACAUGAAUUGGGUAAUUCGAUGAAAUGAAAAAAUUCCAAGUUAGUAAUUCGAAUGAGAGUAGAAAAAAGAUUUGUGGGCUAACUUUAAUUUGUAAUGAAAACAAUGGAUUUUGUUUUUAUUUCCUCAGAACUGUUAGUGCCACUUCAGGGGCUGCUUCUACAAGUGAUUCCGCUAUAGAUAGCAGGCUCAGAGUACUGGAUGACAACUCUCGGGAACAAGGUACGAGCGAUGUUCCGCAUGAUGUGCCCACCAUUCCUGACCACUCACGGUCAGAUGAAGCAAUGGAGGAAGAGGACGAGAAAAGCACAGGGAAUGGAACAGACAUUCAUGAAGAUGGCGAUAACGAAAGGAUGAAUGGAGCAAGUGAUCACGAUGAUUUUGAAAAUGAAAGCGAAGGUGAUAUUGUACGGGGCGCAACGCAGAACGGCCACGUGGUUGGAUUGAAGGAUCGAAAUACGGUGCAGAAUGAAAGCUCUGAUGACAUGAGCGAUCGUGACUCGAAAAAAAGAAAAAGCCCUGAUAGAGAGGAGCAGUUCGAGAUUCGCACGAAAGGAGACGUCAUGCCAGAUAUUUCGACAAAGAAAAGGAAAACGAAGAGAGCAUCCGAAGUAAGUUGCGAUAGAUAUCUAUAGAUGGGAAACCGCAUCGUGAGAGAGUUAGGCAGUAAAAGCGUCCUUAUUUUUUGGAUCAGUCCUAUGAAUACAAGUUCCAUUGAAGCGAAACAUCUGGAUUGAAUAAGGGCCGUAAAAUUCCCGUGUGUUGAUUUGUGUGAAGCAGCUUUUUUACGAGUCGGAAAACGAGUGUAAUAGGAAAUUCCCAAUAUCAAAAUUAUGUACGUAUACACGUUUCCCCACUAACACCACUUAGAUGUACACUUCUAAGAGCGAUCCGUUGUUAACAGUGUUUGAUAUCCACUUCCAUCUCGAUCUUUAUCUUUUUGUUUCUUUUGUUGUUUUUAGGGAUUCAAAGUGAAGAAGAAAACCAAGGUAAAAGUUCCUCAGCAAAGGACGAUGAAAAUAAAAACGAGAACUGGUCUUGGUGUAAAAUCACGGCGCAAGAUAAAACUCAAAACAAAAACUGCUUAGCCUAAGUCCUUGUCGAUGGCGAGAAUAAGCAACUAUUGGACGAGGUUGAUAUCGUGAAUUAUCAAUGCCGAGGUCUGAGUUAUCUGCUAAAGCUGAAGGCUGAGGCAGAUUACACAGGCACGAUACUUUGGCUUAGGUGUGCCAGAAACGCCGAAUAGCGUGCUGUUUGCCGUGACCAUGUUGCUCAGGUGCUCUGCUGGAAGGGCUUUUCCGCGUUUUGAAAUCUUGAGUUGAUCGUGCUUGGUUGCAAGUGUUUGUCAAAUUGGCGAAAAGAAUUCGUCUGAGGAGUCUCAACACUCGGUAUAUGGCGAUUGUAUCGCGAUUGUAUCGCACGUAGAUAUCGCGUAAGAACUCCAUUUCGUGUAAAGACCCCUUUUCCUCUUUAAUUUAUUUUCAAAAGUUAAUAACUUAGUAAAUAGAGACAUAUUCUUUUGAUUUAAUCUCCCUGGAAGCAAGGUCAAAUUUCUUCUACAUCAAUAAAUAAUUACUUAAAUCCUGUC